AUGAGUCGGUUGAACAAAGAUACAAGUAACUGUAUGGAUGAUGGAAGUGGGAGUAGUGAAUCUAGUGAAAGUGGAGGGUAUGGAGAAGGGACAAGUUAUCUUGUUCAUGAAAUUGCACAGAUCACCAAACUUAGGUCAAGUCCUAAUGAGAAUUUGAGUCAUGUUGUUCCUGGUAGGAUGAGAAGAUUACCUGCAUCAACUGUUAGAAUGUUGGUAGGUAGAGAAGGUAAUUAUUCUGGAAGAGGGAAAUUUUCAGCUGCCGAUGGAUGUCACAUGUUAAGCCGCUAUUUGCCUACUAAAGGUCCUUGGAUUGUUGAUCGGAUGGGAAGUCGCGCUUAUGUUUCGCAGUUUUCGGAUGAUGGUUCUCUUUUUAUAGCUGGAUUUCAGGGAAGCCACAUUAGGAUCUAUGAUGUUGAGAAGGAUUGGAAAGUUAAGAAAGACAUCUCUGCUAUAAACUUACGGUGGACAAUUACUGAUACAUCUCUUUCACCUGAUCGACAAUAUCUUGUUUAUGCUAGUAUGUCGCCAAUUAUCCAUAUUGUCAAUGCAGGAUCGGCUACAACAGAGUCAGUAGCAAAUGUGACAGAAAUUCAUUAUGGAUUAGAUUUUGAUUCUAACAAUGAUGGUGUUGAAUUUGGGAUUUUCUCUAUCAAAUUUUCAACGGAUGGGCGAGAGCUAGUGGCUGGAACUAGUGAUAGUUCGAUAUGUGUAUAUGAUCUUGGAGCAGAUAAGCUAAGCCUUAGAAUUCCUGCUCACCUGUCUGAUGUUAACACUGUAUGCUUUGCCGAUGAAUCUGGUCAUCUCAUAUAUUCUGGAAGUGACGAUAGUUUCUGCAAGGUAUGGGAUAGGCGUUGCUUUGUCUCGAAAGGACAACCUGCUGGCGUCCUAAUGGGACAUCUAGAAGGCAUUACAUUCAUUAAUAGUCGCGGAGACGGACGCUAUUUAAUUUCUAACGGAAAAGAUCAAACUACCAAAUUAUGGGACAUAAGGAAGAUGUCUUCUAACGCCAUGAACAGUCUUGGCCUUGGAGACGACGAGUGGGACUACCGAUGGAUGGACUAUCCAAGAUAUGCAAGAAAUCUACGACAUCCCCAAGACCAGUCACUGGCAACAUAUCAAGGCCACUCAGUCUUGCGUACUCUAGUUCGCUGUUACUUCUCACCAUCGUAUAGCACUGGUCAAAAAUACAUUUACACCGGAUCUAGUGACGCGUCUGUCUAUAUAUACGACCUGGUGAGCGGAGAACAAGUUGCGAAACUUGAUCAUCACGAAGCACCUGUAAGAGAUUGCAGCUGGCAUCCUUACUAUCCGAUGCUGAUAAGUUCGGCAUGGGAUGGUGACAUUGUUAGAUGGGAGUUUCCUGGAAAUGGUGAACCAACUGCUCCUCCUCCGACUAGAAGAUCAAGCGGAGUUCGUAUUAGAGGAAUGUAUUAUAUGUAA